AUGCCGCAACGUUCGCCGUUUGCCAUUCAGGAGCUGCUUGGCCUGGCUGUGGCGGCAGCUACCACAACAGCAACAACAGCGCCAACGGUUACACCAACAGAAACACCAACAGAUUUAACAACAACUACAACAACAACAGCAGCAGCAGCAGCAGCAACAACAGCAAUAACGGUGAAAGAGCGGCAAACGCCAACGCCGCCAAAGAUAACAACAGCAGCAGCAGCAUCAGCAACUCCGGCAACAGAAGCAACAAUAGCGGGUACAACAACAGCUGUUAUGGAGCCACAACAGCACCUUCAACAACAACAACAACAACAACAACAUCAACAACAACAACAACACCACUACAGGGAUCACCAUCAAAUGACCAUGGCGGCCGCCUCCCGUAUGGCCUAUUUCAAUGCCCAUGCAGCAGUGGCAGCAGCCUUUAUGCCCCACCAACUGGCCGCUGCUGUGCACCACCAUCAUCAUCACCAGCAUCCUCAUCCACAUCCGCAUCCACAUCAUCCGCAUCCACAUCCGCAUCCGCAUCACCCAGUCGCUGGAGUUGGAGGAGGUGGAGUGCCGCCACCGCCGACCCUGCAGCAUCAUCAUCCGCAUCAUCCGCACCAUUCGCUGCUGCAUGCUCAGGGAUUUCCGCAGCUAAAGAACUUUGCUGCCGGAGCCGGAACUUGUUUGCCCGGCUCUCUGGCGCCCAAGGACUUUGGCAUGGAGGGACUGAACGGCUUCGGUGUGGGACCAAAUAGCAAAAAGAAAAAGAAGAAGCGUCGGCACAGCCGCACUAUCUUCACCAGCUACCAGCUGGAGAAGCUAGAGGAGGCCUUCAAGGAGGCCCACUAUCCCGAUGUCUAUGCCCGCGAGAUGCUCUCGCUGAAAACAGAGCUGCCCGAGGAUCGCAUACAGGUCUGGUUUCAGAAUCGCCGGGCCAAGUGGCGCAAAACGGAAAAGGUCUGGGGCGGCAGCACCAUAAUGGCCGAAUAUGGUCUCUAUGGGGCCAUGGUGCGGCACUCCCUCCCCCUGCCAGACACGAUCCUCAAGUCGGCCAAGGACAAUGACGCGGUGGCACCCUGGCUACUAGGCAUGCACCGCAAAUCGAUUGAGGCCCAGUCGGCGCUCAAGGACGAUUCGGGUGUUAGCGACCAUGAGGACUCGGCUGGCUCCAAGUCUGCCCAUUCCGAGGAUCUAUCGCGAUCUCUAAACCAUUCACGUGCCCUGAGCUCCUCCACCGAAUCCCUGAACGUGGUGAGUCCAGCGCCCAGCAGCUGCACCACCUCCGCCUCCGCCUCGGCCUCGACCUCGGCCCCGCCCACAGCCACCACAACGCCCACUGGCGUGACCACCAAUUCGGGCAGCUCGGGUAGUCCCCACAUUGAGCUAAGCUCCCCCUCGCCGCAGCAGCAGCAGUCACUGCAACUGCAGCAGCAGCAGCAUCUCUAUGGAGGAGGAGGCCCGCCCCCGCCCAGCUAUCAUCCCCUGCUUGAUGCGGCCAAUGCAGCGGGUGCUGGGGCAGCGGCCUCUAGCAAGGAUUUUCAUUUGAUUAUGAACACGGCAGUGGCAGCGGCAGCAGCUGCAGCCGCCCAACAGCAACAUCAGCAGCAACAGCAACAGCAGCAGCAGCAGCACCAGCAAACGCAGCAGCAGCAACAACAGGUGACACAUCACCUGGCUGCUGCACUCAUGGAGCACGAUCCGGAUGCUUUUAGGAACAACUCCAUUGCCUGCUUGAGGGCCAAGGCGCAGGAGCAUCAGGCUCGCCUUCUGAACAACGGCGGUCUCUUUUUGCAGGUGCGAAGCUUUGCCCAGGCUCAGGCCCAGGCUCAGGCCCAGGCUCAGGCCCAGGCUCAGGUGCAGGUUCAAAUGCAGGCCCAGUCCCAGGCCCAUGUGAUGCCCAGUGAUAUGCUCAAGCUCCAUGAGGAGCACAACAACAACAACAACAGCCAGAUACCGCACACCCUACCCAAUCCCCACCUCAACAUCAAGAUGGAGCUCACAGGGGGAGGAGGUGGAGGCAGCAGCAGCGGAGGAGGAGGAGGAGUAGGAGGAGUAGGAGCCCUGAAGAAGUGCGAGGAAAUCUGA